UCCUAAAGAACUUUUAUUGAUUUGUUGAAGCUGGACCUCAAAGAAAAACUGUUGAUUUCCCCCUCAGUUCUUAUGUAGCACCCAGUACAUGCAGAAGAGCUCUGUUGGAGAUACUGUAGACAUUGAAGAUGUUUGGAGCACAUCCCCAAUCAAAGAUUUGCUACUUCAGAGGCAGGAAAAACUACCUUCUCCACAGUCCCAGGGGGGGAGGGAAGAAAUCCCUUUCCUGUUGGAGGAGAUAAGCCCUUUCAGAGCACUGCGGAGGGUAGGGCGGUCACUGAGCUCUGUCUGGAAUCUAACUCCUUACUUUUGACUCUCCUUUGUCUUUCCCUCAUAUACUCAUACCUCAUCUCUCCAACUCUUGCACUGCCUUGCUCUCUUCUGUCCUGGUUUCACCUGUCCUGACCUCAGUUGUCCCCUAUCUUGCCCUUUUUUCAAAUAUUAGCUAACCUGUCCUGCCUACUUCUCAUUUCCACCCUCAAUGAUGACUCACUUGUCUUCCCUUCUCUCCAUCUUAAUUCUCCUUCGCCUUUUCACCUGCUCAUCCUUGCCAGUGUCUGCUUUUGUCUGCUAGCUUACUUGCGUGACCCUCGCCUGAGUCCACCUGCUGCUUUUCCCAGUACUUCCUCACCUGCGCCCCCCCCCUCAUCUCGAGGUUUCUUGUCCCGCACGGGUUGCCCAUAGGCUCUCCAGGGGGUGGGGCCUCGGGAGAGAGGAAAAGAACUUCAGUCCAACCAGGAAAGGCCUAGGAGUUUCUGAUGCGGAAAAGAAGGUGCCAAUAAAGAGCCGAGAUAGAAAAGGAGUAGCUGAACCAAUGAGGUCAGGAGACAGGAUGGGCGGGUGAUAGGGAAAGCGGGAUCAAUGAGGCGGAUAAACGGCAGAACGAGGGCUGGUCUAGUAAUAGGAAUGGACCAAUGAGGCUCUGUAAAGACGGCGGGAGGCUGACCCGGCCGUGUCCCCUGUUUCCACGUCCAACGGACUUUGGGAAUACCGAGGCCACUGUUUCAGAUUCAGCUUUUAGCAGUGGACAGGGAAAGCCAGCACCCUGGUCAGCCCGUUUCGCAAGCCACCUGCCACUCCGAGGCCCGGAAGCGGAAGUGACGGACACGGAAGUGGCCUGCCGUUGCCGAGGGGACGGACCGGGCAGAUGCCAACAUGGCAGCAGUUGGGACUGGUGGUUCUACCGCGGCGCCCGGGCCAGGGGCGGUCUCCGCGGGGGCGUUGGAGCCUGGCACUGCAAGCGCGGGUAAUGUGAAGCACCUGGUUCUCUUCCUCCAUGAGGCUGUCCUGGUACAGUACGUGGACACGCUGAAGCUUGCAGUGCCCUCUCUCAUCUAUACCUUGCAGAAUAACCUCCAGUAUGUUGCCAUCUCCAAUCUGCCAGCUGCCACUUUCCAGGUGACGUACCAGCUGAAGAUCCUGACCACGGCACUGUUCUCUGUGCUCAUGCUGAACCGCAGCCUUUCCCGGCUGCAGUGGACCUCCUUGCUGCUCCUCUUCACUGGUGUCGCCAUUGUCCAGGCACAGCAAGCUGGUGGGGGAGGCCCACGGCCACUGGAUCAGAACCCUGGGGUGGGCCUAGCAGCUGUCGUGGCCUCCUGUCUCUCCUCAGGCUUUGCAGGUGUCUACUUUGAGAAGAUCCUCAAAGGCAGUUCAGGCUCUGUGUGGCUGCGCAACCUGCAGCUGGGCCUCUUUGGCACGGCACUGGGCCUGGUGGGGCUCUGGUGGGCUGAGGGCACUGCUGUGGCCCACCGCGGCUUCUUUUUUGGGUACACGCCUGCUGUCUGGGGCGUGGUGCUCAACCAGGCCUUCGGUGGCCUAUUGGUGGCUGUUGUUGUCAAGUAUGCCGACAACAUCCUCAAGGGCUUUGCCACCUCCCUGUCCAUUGUGCUGUCCACUGUUGCCUCCAUUCGCCUCUUUGGCUUCCACGUGGACCCAUUAUUUGCCCUUGGCGCUGGGCUCGUCAUUGGUGCCGUCUACCUCUACAGCCUUCCCCGAGGUGCAGCCAAAGCCAUAGCUUCCGCUUCUGCCUCAGUCUCCACCUCUGGGCCCUGCAUUCACCAGCAACAUCCAGGGCAGCCACCGCCACCGCAGCUGUCUUCCCACCGUGGGGACCUCAUCACGGAGUCCUUUCUGCCAAAGUCAGUGCUGGUGAAGUGAGGGCUAGCGGUGGUGGGGGGACAGGGAGGGGACUGGGUGGAGGGUAUUAGGCAUCUGCAGGACCCAAGUUGCCACUGAGGCCUGGCUCCACUGGGCUUAGAAGAUGGUCUUUUCUCCCAGGUCAUGGAGACUUUUGGAGGGGGUAUGGGACUAGGGCUGGGUGUCACACAAACCCUUCCUGGUAGGCUGAUGCUCCCUCUCCUGGAGGGGUUUUUAGAGCUGCCUCCGCCUAACCUCUUUGGGGACAGGGUUGGGGGUAUUGUCAUUCAAGGCCUUUUUUGUCUGUCCCCCUGCUGGAGGUGUCCUGUCUCUCAGUGCCUAGGAGAGUCCCUCCCAGCAAUUCCUCCACAUUUGUAAGGAAAGAUUGGACAAAUCCUGCAGCUCUUGAGUAAUGAUGAAUGCCCACCUUUGGGGUUAUUUCCCAUAGUUUGAGGCCUUCUCUUCUCCCUCACCACUGCACUGGAUCAUGUUAGCAGUUCGGUCUGUUGUGUGGCCUUGAGACAGCUUCCCUGACACCAAGACCCUUAGAGACCCUUGUAGACUGGCCUCUUUCAAGUGCUCAGGGAGAGAGAAAGGGGUGAGAGCUGGUUGUCUGGGGGAGGGUGCUAGAGGGGCCAUUUGUUUUUUAGUGGUUUGGGGAUUUGGGGUAUAAUCAGAUCAUUAAUGAUCCAGGGUGUGGUGGGAAAAGCAAGGAGGGUAGAUCCUUGAAAUGGCUGGGUCUCAUUGAAUUUAAGACACUGUCAGUUGCCAGAUGCAGGGUUAUUUUCUGGGAUGUCCAGAGAGGAAAAAUAAAGCUGCCAAUCACUUUUUUUUUUUUUUUUUGAGACAGAGUCUUACUCUGUUG